AUGUUCGACGCACAUAAGCCUCAUCCUCUCCUGGCACAGAUACCUCUGACGGUGUCGCCAUUCUUGUCGAUGCCCACUGCUGUCACGUUGCCAUAUAGUUUCCGCCAGGUGCCCACCUCACUACCUCCCUCCGUGCUCGAUGCUCCAAAUGGUGACAAGCCUAAGUAUAUCACAUCCUCAAGUGGGCAUACGGCUCAUCCAGACGACGUGAUUGCAUCAUGCAAGGCUCUCCAGGACCACCUUACGAAGUCGCACGAGGAUGGCAAGAAGGCAAUAGCCGAGUGGGAGCAAAGUAUCAAGGAUAGGGAAUUGGCUGAGAAGCGACGAAAGGCUCCAGGCUGGCUGGAUAUGGAUGAGAAGAUAUUAGAACCUGUCAAGGCAGGUUCGACCGCACAGAAGCAAGGCUUGCUGGACGAUGAGGCUUCACAGGUUGUCGCACCAGCUAUGUCUCCAAACAGAGAGGGCGAGGAGCUAGAUCGAGCGUUUGGUAGCCUUGGAAUCAAGUGA